AUGGGCUCUUGCAAUGGUUUGAUUUGCAUGGGAAACCAAUUAGGUAGCAUUUGUAUCUGGAACCCGGAAACGGGUGAGAGUAAGGUAAAACCGAUAUCAGAAUGGAAAUUUUAUACAGAAUCACAUUAUGAUGUUAGAUAUGGGUUCGGUUAUGACUGUCGCCUUGACGAUUACAAAUUGGUUAGAAUUGCGGCAGCCCUUCAUUGGGCAAGCUCUGUCAAAGCAAUUAACUCCAAUGUUAUAGUCUCUUUUGAUGUAACUAGUGAAACAUUCGUGGAAUUUGUAUAUCCAGAAGAACAUCGAUUAGCGCAGCAAGGUAAAUAUGAUUUUGUGGGUCUAUUGGAAGACCGUCUUUGUUUGAUUGUUUUUCAUGGCAUAGUAAGACGCAAUGGUAUAUGGGUAAUGCCAUACACUGAUAUAUGGGUAAUGCAAUAUUAUGGAGUGAGAGAAUCUUGGACGAAACAAUUCAGUUUGACAGCACAUACAUUUUUCGAUGUGGAUCCCUUAAAGCUGGCAUAG